AAAUCUAUAAAUAAUUAAGAUCUGUGAGAGAAAAAAAAUAAAGAAAACUUCAUUUUUCUCCGUUUUCUUUGUUUUGGUAAACACUAAACGCGCCAUAAAAGCGUUACACUCUAAUCGAAAUCCGCAAAAUUACUCGUUCAAAUCAAACGCAAAAUCUUAGGAUGUCGACGGAGUCAGCGGAACCGUUCAAGCCCUACACCCUCUCCCAAACCCUAACCGGUCACAAGCGAGCUAUCUCCGCCGUCAAAUUCUCCUCCAAUGGCCAUCUCCUCGGCUCCUCCUCCGCCGACAAGACCCUUCGUACCUACUCCGUCAAUCUCUCUGAUGCCGGCGCCGCCCUGACCCCUCUCCAUGACUUCCACGGCCACGAUCAGGGAGUCUCCGACCUCGCCUUCUCUUCUGACUCCCGCUUCGUUGUGUCUGCCUCCGACGACAAGACCCUCCGCCUCUGGGACCUCACCACAGGGUCUCACGUCAAGACUCUCCACGGUCACACCAACUAUGUCUUCUGCGUUAAUUUCAAUCCUCAGUCCAACAUGAUCGUUUCUGGUUCGUUCGAUGAGACUGUUCGCAUAUGGGAUGUCAAGACCGGGAAGUGCUUGAAGGUCUUGCCUGCCCACUCUGAUCCCGUUACCGCCGUUGAUUUCAACCGUGAUGGGUCCCUCAUUGUUUCCAGCAGCUACGACGGGCUUUGUAGGAUUUGGGAUGCUUCGACUGGGCAUUGUAUGAAGACUCUAAUUGAUGAUGAAAACCCCCCUGUUUCAUUUGUCAAGUUCUCACCCAAUGGGAAGUUCAUCCUUGUUGGGACUCUGGAUAAUGCUCUGAGGCUUUGGGACUUCUCAAAGGGCAAAUUUUUGAAGACCUACACCGGUCAUACUAAUUCGAAAUACUGCACUUCGGCUACCUUUUCCGUUACAAAUGGGAAAUAUAUCGUUAGUGGAUCUGAAGACAACAGUGUAUACUUGUGGGAGUUACAGAGCAGGAAAGUAGUACAGAAAUUGGAAGGUCACACUGAUACAGUUAUAUCAGUAACUUGUCACCCAAAUGAGAACGUAAUUGCAUCGGGUUCACUAGGCAAUGACAAGACUGUGAAAAUCUGGACUCAGUCCAAAGAUUGAUCUAUUUCUCCAAAUGGCUGUGUAAUAUAAUUGCGCACUGGUGGCAAUGGCUGAGAUUUUGACCUGAGCAGAAAGAUUGGUUAUGGUAUUUAGCACAACUCACUUUUUAGAGGAAUUAUAGGUAGGUCGCUGCUGCAUGAUUCUCACUAUGUAACGCUGUUAUUCUUAUUGUCUCAUUUGACAUUAUAUUCCUUCUCAAAUAUCAGGUAGAAAUUCUCUCAUUGUAUUUAGUUGUUUCGUGGAUCUUUUUGUAGUCUCUGAACUGGGAUCAUAUGUGUUCAUAUGCUAAUGAAAUUAUGUCUUGGGGUCAA